UAACACUUAUUUAUAAUAAAUAUAUCCCACAUAUGUCCUCAUGUGUCCCGUCAUGGAGCUGGAUCAGAGCACGAAUGCCGCAGCCUUGAUCAAACACCAGAGUCACGUUCUCGCCAGUGCCAGCUCACCCGGCGUCCUGCUUGCGUACAAAAGCGCGACGCAAAGACUCGGCGCCAUCGGGCUCAAAGUCAGCACACUCUCCAGAGCAGGAAUGGGCAUCCUGAAGUUGGCCACGACGCAGCUCAAGCACCAGGAAAAGAAAGCCAGGGUGGUGCGUGCGUCCAGUUUGGGCAAGCCGCAUCCGACCAUCGACAGCAGUCAGUGUAAGAAAUCUCCAAUGGACCAGCUGGCAGCGUUGGUCUUGCACGGACACACGGGUCUCCAGCAUAUGUGGAAGGAGCUCCCGUGCGGCACCAAGCCGCAGAACUGCAGGCGCAUCGUGGUGCUCGGCGCGCCGCGGGUCGGCAAGACCUCCAUUCUGCGACGAUUUCUCCGGGACGACUUUGAAGAGCAAUACGAGCCCACGUGUGAAGACUUUCACAGGAAAUUUUACCACAUUCGCGGAGAAACUUACCAGAUAGACAUCCUGGACGCGUCCGGGGAGAGGAGCUUCCCUGCAAAGAGGCGACUGUCCAUUCUAACCGGUGAUAUUUUUCUGCUCGUCUUCAGUCUGGACGACCGCAGUUCGUUUGAGGAGGUGCGCGCUCUGCACGCCGAGAUUCUGGCGGCCAAAUCAGCAUUGCACAGAUCAAAGCAGAAAGUCUGCGUGCCCACGGUGAUCUGCGCGAACAAAGUAGACUUGCCCUCCGAACAGCACGCGGUGUCACGGACAGAAGUGUCCCGUGCGUUCGGGAACGGCAGCGCUUUGUUCGAGACCUCCGCCAAGGACAGUGUGAAUCUGGAGCAGGUGUUUGAAGCGCUGGCGGAGCGCGGCGGACUACCUUUGGAGACCGGACCCUCACAGCACCGGAAAGUGUCCAUCAGGUCGUACCAGGCGCUCCGGGCGGCUCGGCUGGCGGAGAAAGGGAGCAAGUCGUCGGUGCGCGACACUCCGUGCGGCGCGCUCUAUCCACUUGCCCGCAGACCGAGUUUCAGCACGGACCUGCAGCUGGUUCUAGGUACUAAAGGCAAUAAAAAGCAGAGCAAAACACUGGACAAGUGUCAGAUACAGUGAAGAGAAAGACAACCGCUUUUAUUUAAAGCAAAAACCAAAACAGAAAACCGAACAGCACUUGACAUACAACCCAUAAUUUUCACAGAUCUGUUGAUAUUAUAAACUUCAGUCAGUGAAGACGGCAUUUUUAAUUAGGCGGGAACAAUUUCGCGCCUCCGAGGAAUACAGUACCGUCCAAAUAUGUCGCAUUUUCUCAUUUGCACAACCUUAUUUUCCACAACCGAUUAUUUCUGAUGGUUUCUGUCCCCUAAAAAACCUUUUCAAAAA